AUCCGCCCUUCCCUCCGCCUCGUACGCAUUCACCAAAUGAAGCUGACUAUAAUCUAUGAUUGCUACAGUGAUCUUUUUAAAACCUACAUGGAUCUUGCGUAUAUCAAACGGCUAAUCAAUCACCUACUACUAUAUAAUUAUACACCCAAUCAAUCCCCCAAUUAUAAUAAUUUGGGUACACAUGGAUUCCAUAUCAUAAGAGUCAAUGAUCGUCAGCAUAAAGACUAAGAUCCAAGAGGCUCUGAACUCCAUCAUCAGAGCGAGCAUACACCUGAUGAAAACCAUGGAGAUUUCACUCUCACCAAGCUUGCUCUUAGCCUCACUUGUUCUCCUCCUCUUCACAUGGCUACACAUGCGCUCGGCUUCACCUCGCAAGAACACUAAUGGCCACGGCCGGCGCAUCUCGAGCCCGCCUUCGCGCCCCGUCGUCGGCCACCUACACCUCCUCAAGAAGCCGUUGCACCACUCCCUCGCCGCGCUAGCCAGGCGCUACGGCGGCGGUUCCGGCCUCCUACUCCUCCGGUUCGGCGCCCAGCCGGUCCUCCUCGUCUCCUCCCCGGCCGUCGCCGACGAGUGCUUCACCGUCCACGACGUCGCGCUCGCCGACCGCCCGAGGCUCUUUUCGCGGCGGCUGCUCACCGACGACUGCCCCUCCAUCGCCAACGCCAGAUACGGCCCGCUCUGGAGACAGCUCCGCCGCCUCGCCACCGUGCACGCGCUCUGCGCCCAUCGCCUGGCCGCCACCGCCGCCACGCGCGACGCCGAGGCGAGCGCCGUGGCGGCGAAGCUCUGGCGCGCCGGGCCAGGAGCGGUCUCCGUGAAGGCGACGGCCUACGAGUUCGUGGUCAACGUCAUCAUGGCCAUGGUCGCCGGCGAGCGCAUGCCGGAGGAGCAGGUGCUCCGAUUCAAGGAGAUCACAGAGGCGGCGUUCGCGGCGGCGGGGGCAGCGAACCGGCAAGACUUCUUGCCGGUUCUGCGGCUGCUGGACUUCGGGAGAACGGCGAAGAGGCUCACCAGCCUCGCCAAGGCUCGCCACCAGUUCGGCCAGAGCCUAGUCGACGAGUACAGGCGUCGUCACCCUCGCGGGUGCGCCACCGAGGAGACGCCGAGGACGGUGAUCGGCGACCUGCUCCGGCAGCAGCAGCAGUCGCCGCAGUCGCUCGACGACGUGGUCAUCCGCACCGUCUGCCUGAGCUUGCUGCAAGCCGGGACGGACACUUCAUCCAGCACGAUCGAGUGGGCGAUGGCUCUCCUGCUCAACAACCCUGCCGUGCUCAAGAAAGCAACAGCCGAGCUCGACUCCGUCGUGGGCACGUCCCGGCUGCUGCGGGAAUCCGACCUCGCCGGCCUCCCCUACCUCCGGUGCGUCAUCGCCGAGACCCUCCGGCUGAAACCUCUCGCCCCGCACCUCGUCCCCCACGAGGCGUCGCGCGACUGCGUCAUCGCCGGCCACGCCGUCGCGCGCGGGACGAUGGUGCUGGUCGACGUGUACUCCAUGCAGCGGGACCCUGACAUGUGGGAGGACCCGGAGGAGUUCACGCCGGAGAGGUUCAUGGACGCGCCGGCCAAGAGGCAGUGGACGAUGCCGUUUGGGAUGGGGCGGCGGAAGUGCCCCGGCGAGGGGCUGGCCUUGAGGACGGUGGGGAUGGCGCUGGGGGUCAUGCUGCAGUGCUUCGAGUGGCAGCGGGUUGGAGAGGAAGAAGUGGACAUGAGUGAGGGGUCUGGGCUCAGCAUGCCCAUGGCUGAGCCUCUUGUGGCCGUGUGCCGACCACGUUCAGAGAUGAAGUCGGUGCUCGAGACUCUCUAGAAUUUAAAGUAGUUUUGUUUUUCUUUUCCAAGAUCGUUUGAUUUGUGUGAAUAAAGCAUCCAUAAUGUACGUACAUAUAUACGUAUCAAACUUCAAAACCGGGUAUUCUUGAGCCGAUGAACAAGCUAGACUUCUUUA